AAUACACAGGACGUAAAGAUGGAGCUGAAACUUUUUCUUGUUUUUAUACUCCUAGUUAUAAAAGGAGUAUUAUGUAACCUUCGUGAGCAUUGUAAUGGAACUUUAAUGGAGCUACGCAGUCAUGAGAUAAGUUGUGGCUGUGACAAAAUAGAAGAAUCUGCACCCUCGAAAAAGUGUUGUUAUGAUAGAUUAGAUGAUAGAAAAGGCGAGUUUUAUCAUGAAGUUAGCAGUAUUUGUUGCAAUGGUAAGGUAUACAACAAAAUCGACAGUUCAAAUAAUUCUAUAAGCUGCUGCAACAAUAAAAUCAUCGUUAAUAAGGAACAGAUCUGUUGUGAUAAAGUGGCAUUAGACAUUCCAGAUGCAUCGAAGCGUUACGAAUGUUGUGGCAACACCCUACUUGAUCCUGAUAAAGACAUCUGCUGUGGAAAUAAUCCGGACAGCAAGCAAAAGAAAGUAAAGAAGGUGCAGUGUUGCUUACACAAUGCAUACAAUCUAGAGACACAUUGGUGUCAAAAGGGUCUCCAUUUACUGCCCCGGUCACAGUUGAAAUGUGGCGCAAAGACUAUCAACGUCUAUGAAAACUCCUGCUGUGAUGAUCACGUGACUGACUGGCCAUACAGAAAAUCUGAUAGUAUGACGGAAAUUGAUGACACCAGGGGAUGUUGUGGUAAAGCAGCAAUAAAUAUCACGACGCAUAAAUGCUGCCACAAAGCCAUCUCUAUCAAACUGCCUUCGACUACAGGUUACGAAUAUGACGAGUGUUGUGGGACAGGUACAUACAAUAUUAAUACACAGUUGUGUUGUAACGGCAAAGCUAAAGAUAAAAUAUAUGGUGAUGAUACGCUUUGCCUUGGUCAGAAAGUUUACAAGAAGGGGAUGGAACGUUGUGGAUAUCAUCUUAUACAAGAUAAACAGAAACAGAAAUGUUGCUCCCAUCGAACACCAAUACCAAUUAAUAGUACAUGUUGUAAUGGACAAGAGUUAAAGGAAGGAGAAAUCUGUUGUCAAGGUGAAAAGGGUGUAAAGAAAAGUAAACCAGAUGAUGAUGAUUGUUGUUACCAUCGUUUCAAAUUUACUGGGGAAACAUUUAAUUCAAAAGAUCAGAUCUGUCAUCACGGAACAGUGAAGAAAAAGCAAGGAGGGGAAUGGUGUGGUUCUGAUCAGUAUUCCCCGUCUGAGAAGGUUUGCUGUGGCAACGUAUUGCAUCAUUUUAACACCAGUCGUCGAUUAACUUGCUGUGGUGUGGACGCUAUUGAUGAAACAAUAGAGAUGUGUUGCCGUAAAACGAUUUAUAAAAUACCAACCAAAGAUGGAAUUUGCUGCAGAUUAGAAGCUUGUCAUUAUCAAGAUGAAAACUGUUCUUGUGCUGUGAAUUGUGACAACAGACUUCAUUCAAAAAGGCUCCACAAUAAAUUUCCUAAAUGUUGCGGAAACAAGGUGAUACCAUACGGGUCAAAAUGUUGCAAUAAUUUCAUCAUUGGACGCAAAGACCGAGCCAAAUGUUGUGCCAACACCUUACCUUACGAUCCUAGAUUUAAAAGGUGCGAUUCCAUGCUGCUGCCUGUGGUGAAAAGAAAAACAUGUCCUCGGUGUCCGAAUAAGCCCCUUACUCCAACUUGUAGGUUAAGUAAGGUUCACAAGAGAUCCGAUAUAUUCGAGUGGGUUACCCCAGCUUGCCUCCAGUCUUACGGUUUUGUUGGCACCAUCAUUGACAUCAAAACCGAGAAAGCAGCCGGUCGUAUUAUCCAGACUAUUACAAUGAAGAACGUCAAACCAAUAAAGGGCCUGAAAAAUCUGUCUAAAAGGAUAGUUUUAAAAACUAACAAACUGUAUUGCGUUAGUCGUCUAAAACACUUGAGAAACGUUAGGGUCGUCAUUUUUACGUCCGUGAGGUCAGAAACCGAAAACAAUAUGUCCGUAUUCGAUUUUACUCACAAUAAUACCAUAACUGACAAGGACGUUUUCUAUGCAACUAAAUUUAAUCGUCGUUUUAGAAACAAUUAUUCUUCGCUGAAAAUUAACGGUGUGUGUGAAAAGCCGUAUUUAUUAUCGAGUUUUUAACGACAUGCAUGAGUACUGAAGAUACAAAUUUACUGCCAAAAUAGCCUCAACUGCUGUCAAUAGAUGCUAACUGCCAAUAAUAAAUUCUUAAAGUCACAGUACUUUGGUAUGAAAACAUUGACAAAUAGUCAAAUUGAAGUACUGAUUUACAAAAAUAGACCCUAAGGCAAAGCUAAUUUAAUUUUCAGUUCUUCGGAAUAAUGAUAAAUAAAUCUCGUGAAUUAUGCUCUUUUUCAAAUCUCAAAACUUAAAAUUUGCAGCUAAAACAUUUUGAACCGUGCAAUUAAGUACUUUUGGUUUUUAAAUUAUUCCUUUUCUUGAAGAAAUAAGAAGCAAAAUUGUAACAGGUUUUCCAGAAAAACUGAAAAUCAAAUUGGUGUGACCUAAAUAUGUCUCUUGUUCUUUCAUGACCGUCUUAAGUGUUACACCUUCUCAGCUUGAAUAUUCCCACGUCGGCUGGUCAAACUACCAUUUGACGUCGAACAAAUUGCAACGUGGUUUUCCCUGAAACGGAAAUACCCAUUAUGACCCCGUGACGAAAUUAAGGAUGGCCACUUUUAUAAAAUUAUCUAUUAUAGCCGUAUUAACUCAUUAUGAUGUUCUGAGUUGUUUUUUAAAAAAGGGGGUAAGGCGGUGGGGUCAAAUCCAAGAUGCUGGCUGUAUACCAAAAAUCACGAAUAUCUCUAAAACUAUUGGGUUUUAAACACCAUAAAUGUAUUACGGACGGUCGAUACUUGUGAGUCCAAAAAUGUUGACGCCAUAUCCGUAUGACGUCAUAUAGUAAUUCUAACAUUUACUGCAGCCACAAGGGCUUUAAUUUGGUAAAAUGAUUACAAAUAUUUCUUGAAUUUCCUUUCUGGGAUCAAAAUAUUGGCUUAUGAUUUGUCAACAAUUUUUAUCAAAUAUUUAUCUCCAACAAAAUUGCAUGCCACCUGAGUUGCGUAAUAUUUCUAAUUUGAAAAGUGAAUAAUAAGAUUUGGUUAUUCCCGUUUGUUUUCUUGUCCAUAAAGAUUAGACAAAACUAAAUAGGUCACCUAUAAUAGAUAUAAUUUAUAAAAAUUGGCAUUUCCGUUUCAGGGAAAACUACGGUUAAGAAUAUGAGAUCUUGUGAUGCCUUUCCCGUGCAUUUAUAUUACUUUUAUAAUGUGUGUGAAAUAGCUUUAUUUAAUGUCCGCUUCAACCUAAGUGACAUCGCUGUGAUAUCGCAUACCAUUAUAUUACCGUAUACACUAUACUAAAAUUAUUUUUUUAAAUAAUAAGAUCAUACAUUAUAAUUCACAAAAAUGCAUAUUCAAUCAUGUGCCUGUUAACUAAUACACCAUUGUUUGUCGAAUUUGCAUAAUUUGAUUAGAAAAGGUCAACGGAUAUGGCAUUCACUUAAUUAAUGCAUUGUAAUUGUAUCAAUGUAUAAAUAGAGAAUCUCCUACCAGUCUUUUUUGAUAUCAAAAAAUAUCAACACAAGUUGAUAAAGUAACAAAAAACGAGAAUCUGAUAUUUUUUUGAUAUCAAAAAAGACGAGUAGGAGAUUUUAUUUAUCACCCAAUCCCUUCUUACAUGCACAAAUUGAUAAAUAUAAUUCUUUGCUGUAGAUUUCACUUUUACUGAACAUUACGGCGUAGUGAUACAUCAUUUUUUGACCGCAAUUCAACCAUUGCAAAGUCCUUUAUAGUGUUUCCAUCAAGAUCAAUUGAAUAACAAUAGUUCAUUUGUAAUAAAAAAAAAGUUACUUUUAAUAAGAAAUGAACUGUUCUUUGAAAUUAAAAAAAAGUAGUUCCUUUUCAACUGACCAAUCAAAUUCAUGUAAAGCGAUAUCUCCUCAGGAGAUAUUGCAGUAGAUUAUGAAAUAUAUCACACAAGUGAUAUCUACUGUAGAAUGUAUUAUUGGGUGAUAAAGAAAAAUCUCAGGGAUUCCUGCAUGUUAUCAAACUCAGUUAAUGUCAUGUCUUAAAUAUCAUCUUUGAUUUGUUUAAAUCAAACUGUUUGAAAAUUUAGUAUUAUUUUUGUUAAAAGAUAAAUUGAUAGGAAUUUAGCUCUACAACCCAUGGUUCAUGUAAACUAGCAUCUUUAAUAUAAUGCUUGAUCUCGCUUUAACUCCGUGCAUCUAGAUGUUGUAGAACUCCCGAUCGUUGCUUCAGGAACAUGGUAAACUAGUGGACCAAAGAGAAAACCAAGUUCUAUAUAUCAUUACAUAAUUACUAAUAAUUACUAAUCUUCAAAUUAUAAAUAUAUAAGUUUUUACAAAUUCAUAUUGGGGUGGGGAGGGGUGCUGUCAGCGUAAUUAGGUAAAAUGGGGUUCUGCUAGCUUGUCCUCGCCCCACACCCACCCCGGCGUUCCGACGGCCCUGAUAUUAGAUGAAUUUUUAUUUUUAGUUCAUACAUAUUCAAGAUACUUAGUAAACAAUAUUAAUUCACUAAAUAUCGAAUAGUCAUUAUGGUCAGUGCUUAUUGUAAAUAUUCAUUAUUUAUAAAUAUCUUUAUAUUUGUUUCAUGCAUGUGUGUUUCAUUUUAUUUAUUUAGAAUUAAAUGUAUAUUAUGAUGCAUUAUGUAAGAGCCAAAUCUGCCUAUUACAAUCCUUUCUUUUGGCUCCAAAUGUUAUAUAAAUUAUUAUUUAGAUAUAAACAUGAGAAACAUAAUCUACGCUUUAGACCAUCGGGUGGCAUAGAUUUAAACGGAUUGAAACAUGAUCGCCAUUUAAUGAUUUAAUUUAAAUUAGUCUAUUUUGACUAUUGCAGUUGUUAUAAUAAUAAAUAAUCUACGCUACAUCUUCCAACAUUUAAAACAUCGCUCAGGAUAAAGUAAUUUGACUGAAAUUUUCUUUAUUUUUAUAUAUCAUUAUCUAUUUUUGAACUAUUAUACAGCUCUUGAUCUACAUCUUACAUAAUGCAUCCUUAAAUGACUCUUUUAAUUGUAUUUAUUGCUCAAUCUAAUCAUCGAUCAAAUUUUAAGUUCAUGUAUAUAAAAAUUGUUUGUUUAUUGUUUGUUUUGUGUAUAAUAAAUGUAUAUUUUAUUG